GAAGAAGAAGGAGGAGUGUGCGUACUGUGCUCUUUGCUGUGUCUUUCCGCCGUUUUAAAAAUGGGCACUUUUUGAAGAACCCGCAUCAAAGUAUUGUGGAGAAGCGUCGUGUUAAAUCUAAUUGAUGAACGGCAAUUUGUCAGUUCUGACGAGGACAGCUGAGUGAUGUUGUUGGUGAGCUUGGAUUAAAUCAUCUCUAAACAAAGAACUUGUCCUCGUGGUGACUGACUUGGGGAGUGGAGGUCAGUGAGCUCAUUGUCUCUGCUGGUCCGACUCCAACUACAAAGCCGGCCCGCUCGCCCCCUCCUGAGUCUGAGAGGAGAUCCAGAGAGAAAGAAGUGAAAGCAGGCCCAAACCUCAGCACAUGGAUGACAUCAACCAAAAACAUCCAGCACCAGAAAGUAAAGACGAGCCAGCGGCGAUCCCUGUGGAAAAGACUUUUCCUGCUAUGAAGCAGCCCAGAAGACGCAAGCGCGCCAACAGGGAGGAGAGAAGCUUGAGCUGUGAUCAGUGUGGAAAGGCUUUUACUCAGAUUGGUCACUUGAAAUCACAUCAGCUGAUCCACACCGGUGUGAAACCAUUCAGCUGUGAUCAGUGUGGAAAGACCUUUACUCAUAGAUGGAGCUUAAAAACACAUCAGGUCGUCCACACUGGAUUUAAAGCUUUCAACUGUGAUCAGUGUGAAAAGUCUUUUACUCAGAAAGGUCACUUAAGGAGACAUUAUAUGAUCCAUGUUGGAGGUAAAUCAUUUGUCUGUGAUCAGUGUGGAAAGUCUUUUACGGAUAGAGAUCACUUAGAGAGACAUCAGGGCAUCCACAGUGAAGUUAAACCUUUCACCUGUGAUCAGUGUGGAAAUUCUUUUACUGAGAUUGAUAGGUUAAAAAGACAUCAGCUCAUCCACAGUGGAGAGAAACCAUUCAGUUGUGAUCUGUGUGGAAAGUCAUUUACUCAGAUAGGCAAUUUAAAAGUACAUCAGCUCAUCCACAGUGGAGAUAAACCUCUCACCUGUGAUCAGUGUGGAAAGGCUUUUGCUUACGUUAGUAACUUAAAAAGACAUCAGCUUAUCCACAGUGGAGCUAAACCCUUCAGCUGUGAGCAGUGUGGAAAGUCUUUUACUCACAUUGCUGCCUUAAAAUCACAUCAGCUUAUCCACUCUGGUACUAAACAAUUUGUAUGUGGUGACUGUGGAAAGGCUUAUAUUGAGAUCGAAAGGUUAAAAUCACAUCAGCUCAUCCACUCUGGAGUUACAUCAUUUAAAUGUGGUCAAUGUGGAAAGGCUUUUACUCACAUGACUGGCUUAAAAUCACAUCAGCUGAUCCACUCUGGUGCUAAACAAUUUGUAUGUGGUCAGUGUGGAAAGGCUUUUACUCACAUGACUGGCUUAAAAUCACAUCAGCUGAUCCACUCUGGUGCUAAACAAUUUGUAUGUGGUCAGUGUGGAAAGGCUUUUACUCACAUGACUGGCUUAAAAUCACAUCAGCUCACCCACUCUGGAGUUAAAUCAUUUGUAUGUGGUCACUGUGGAAAGUCUUUCAUCCAUAAAACAAAUCUAUUGAGGCAUCAGAAAACCCACAAAGUGUCCUCCUCUGAGAAAAGUGGAAGACCAAUGGGACAUUACUAGGGCUGCCACAAAUGAUUAUUUUGAUAGUCGACUAGUCACCGAUUAUUUUUGCAAUUAGUCGACUAAUCAGA